AUGUGGGCGAUCGUACAGCGGCACAACAAUGACAUUCUGCACAUCAACAAGUUUAAGUUCGGUGAAGUUAUGGACGAGCGCGAUGAAGGUGAAGUGUUGGUUGCAGAGGGAAACAAGGCUGCGAUCAACGGUGUCGGGAAAAUCGUCGAAAAGGUGGUCCUGUCCAAUGGUGAAGAGCGCGAAGUCUAG